AUGGUUCAAGCAAAGGGCGAAGAGCGCGCUGUAAACCUGGCCCGAGAGGCUGUCGAACUGGUCGACGCGGGCCACCGAGAGGCUGCUUCCCGGAAUCUUAGAGAAGCCCUUGCGAUCGCCCCCGAAAACCCCCAAGUGAAAGCCGCCUUUUUGAAAGUUCAGCAUGAAGACAAAGACGGUCACCAGCUUCUCGAUCUUUGCCGCCGAUAUACCCUGCACAAUGAUGAAAGUGCGGGCAAAGAAGCUGCUACUUAUCUCCGGACUGACGGCCUGAAAUCCCCGGAAAACGUCGCUUUGGAAUGUCUGAAGUUGUUGCUCGCACAGCGCCCGCACUCUCUAUCGACGACACAGGAUGAGAUCAUCUCUGGGUUGGUGCGACAGAACGUCAGUGUUCGCCUGUACUUCUCUACACAGCUCCAGACUUCUGUCACAGCAUUCUUUGACGAGAUAUAUGAUCGGGGUGAUAGAGCAGCGGUGUGUCUGGAUACAGUGGUGUUGGAUCCCACCGUGUGGACAUCGGAGGAAACACGAUCCCACUGCGAGAGUGAACUCUUCCAGCUUUUCAUUGCCAAGUUGAUGGAAUCGGGCCAUGAUCUUGAUGGUCGCUCUUUAAAGGGAAUUACUCGAUUACUCGCUGUUCACGCCGCUGAACUCGAACAUCUGAUCGACGAUGAAGGCUUGGAGGUGAUCCUCUCAUCCUUGGACAAUCGGCUGCCGCUAGAAGUCCGAAGCCAGGCGACCCUGGCUACUGCAAAAUAUCUCGAUGUCGCCAAGGAAAGAGGCGAGAAGAAGCUUUUGACACUGAUAAUGUCCAUCCUUGGCAAGGGCCGUGUCAGCGAUCUCAUCGUUGCUUUCUCUGCGGUGGCCGCCAUCUUCCCUGUGGCUCCCUCUGCAGCUGCCAAUCUCUUCUUGUCGGACGAAUUCAUGAACUUCCUCCUCCCAAUCGCAUCGCGAGACACCAAAAGCAAGAAGGUAGAAGCUCUCGUGUUGGAACUUCUUAAUGCGGCUUGCAUUAAUCGUCCGUGCCGUGAGGUUGUUUCAAAGAAAUUUGGAGAAUGGUUGUCACAUAUGUUGACCAAUGGAAGUGAUAAUUGCUCGGAAUUAGCCGCAGUGGCCCUGGCAAAGAUUCGGGCAUCCGAGCCCGAUAAACCCUCGACUGGCAACGGUAAGGUCUUGGAACAAGACAGCGAGUCUGAACUAGUUCAUCGAUUCAUGGGACUGAUGUCUGAACAAAAGGUUGAACACAGCUCCCACGCAAUCGAAGGAUUGGCUUAUACCUCGGUGAAGCCGUCCGUCAAGGAUCAACUUGCCAAUGAUCCGGUUUUCCUACGUAACUUCAUUGCGGCUAUGAAACACAACACCAAAGACUCAUCCGUGCUCUAUGGUGGCUUGACAGUCGUUUUGAACCUCACCAAAUUCUUACCCAACCUAUCCGAAGAGCAAAAGAAGAUGGCACAGUUGAAGAACUACGCGGACCCGUCUACCAUGCAGGCACCAGCGAUAGAUAUUCGAGAUGAAGAGGAAGCUGUCCUGUCGCGAUGUUCCGCCGUUAUCGAUGCAGGCAUCAUGACUCUGCUCGUUGAGUGCGGCCGAGUCUCCUACCCUUCUACCAAUGAGCUCACGGCAAAGAUUCUACAAUCCUUGACAAGACCCCAAAAGUCCCGUGGAACAUUGGCCCAGCAAGGCGCGGUGAAACUGUUACUCGCCCUUGCAGCCCCGAAGCAGAGUAGCUCUGGCCCUGUGAGGAACGAAACAACACGCAUCGCAUCACACGCGCUGGCCCGGAUCCUCAUCUCUGUUGAUCCUUCACAUGUAUUCCCAGCAUCUGGAUUUCCCCAGGUCACAUCCGCCGUCCGUCCCCUGCUCUCUCUCCUCUCAUCGCCCGAGACUGCCUCGUUCUCGGCAGACCAACCUCGUGAUCUACUCCCAGUGUUUGAGAGUCUCCUAGCUUUGACGAACCUCGCUUCAUAUCCGCAUGACGACUCCGCACCCGAACUCAUGGUCCGGGAAGGUUGGUCUGCGGUGGAAGAUCUUCUGUUGUCUAGCAAUGCUCAAGUUCAACGAGCUUCUUGCGAACUGGUCUGCAAUCUGAUGACUUGCGAGUCCGGCAUUAUCAAGUUUGCGGAUGGCUCCAAGCAAGCGGCCCAACGCCUUCACAUUCUGUUGGCUCUGACCGAUGCCGAUGAUGCUCCGACGCGACGGGCUGCCGGCGGGGCUCUUGCGAUGUUGACGGAGUUCGAUGCCGCCAUAGCAGCUGUCCUGGACCGACCACGAGGAGUUGAACUGUUAUUGGGAUUGUGCCAGGAGGAUGACGAUGCCUUGGUUCACCGAGGUGUGGUCUGCAUACGCAACCUCACUUGCAUCGCGACAGGUGAUAUCGGAGCCCGCGCUAAAGCUGCCGUUCGCGCCGCAGGAGGAAUUGAUGUUCUCACUGCAUGUCUCAAGAAGACGAAGAACCAAGCGGUGCUACAGGCUGGGGUAGAGGCCUUGAAGCCGCUGAUUGAAUAG